AUGAUGAUGAUGACUGGCCGUGUGCUGCUGGUGUGUGCCCUCUGCGUGCUGUGGUGCGGUGCCGGCGGUGGUGGACGAGCUGAAGCACCUUCGGUUAUUUCUGAUACUCCGUCCGUUAAAGGCAAUGAUUCUAAAGGCGACAAUGUGACCGUCGGUGGCGCUGCAGGAGGUGGCCAAAACGGUAAACCGGCACAGUCACAAGCAGCAGGAGUAUCGGUGCAAGGCGCAAACGAAGCGGCAGCAGAAGCAGCACCGGCACCACAACCCGGAGGAGUAACAUCUGAAAAGGCAGAGGCAGCGAAGGGCAGCAACGGUCAAAAAGAAGGAAAAACGGAGGAAAAACAAGACAAGGAGGAAGAGGAAGAAGUGGAAGAAGACGAAGAGGGAAAGGAAGAAGAAGAGGAUGAUACGGAAGAAGAGGAAGAGAAUGGUGCGAAUGAAGAGGAGGAGACAAAGAAAGGAGAAGCCGUUACCGGCACCACAGAGGGGACCUCAGCAGGCGGUCAAGUGCAGCCAAUUUUAUCUUCUGGUGCGGAGGGAGCAUCGAAUAAUACAAAUCCCAACAGCACACCAACAACUGGAGACGAUGCUCCAGCAGCUGAUGGUGCAGGGACACGAGAGGGAAAACAAAAUGAAAAUAAAGAUGCCAAUCCGAAAGAAACACCAGUCGAAGCCACAGCCAUAAAAAAUACAACGGCGACGACUGGCGACAGUGACGGCAGCACCGCGGCCUCCCUCACCACCUCCCCUCUUUUGCUUCUUCUUCUUGUUGUUGCGUGUGCGGCUGCGGUGGUGGCCGCGUGA